AUGGCGGCGAGGUUGAGCCACGGCCUCCUGGGCGCGCUGAACGUGGUGACGCUCCUCCUGUCCCUGCCGGUGCUGUGCGCGGGCGUCUACUUCCGCAUGCGCGCCGCCACCGAGUGCGAGCGCGCCCUGCAGCUCCCCGUCGUCGCCUUCGGCUGCGCCCUCCGGGGCGCCGCGUCCGGCCGGCACGGGUACCGGGAGUACCGCCUUGGGGACUACUCCGGCUGGCUGCAGGCGCAGGUCGCCGCGCCGGAGACGUGGCGGCGCGUCGAGAGCUGCCUCUCCGAGGCGCGUGUCUGCGGCGUCCGGCCGUUUGACGGCGCCGUGGGGCGAGACGCCAUGGAAUUCUACAAGCAACACCUCUCGCCCAUCCAGUCUGGUUGCUGCAAGCCGCCGACGCGGUGCGGGUUCCGGCACGUGAACGCCACGUUCUGGGCGGCCCCGAAGUCGGGGUCGUCUCCAUCAGCGGCGCCGGCCGGCGACGGUGACUGCCGGGCAUGGAGCAACGACGUGCAGGUGCUGUGCUUCGAGUGCGAGGCGUGCAAGGCCGGCGUGCUGGAGACUGUCAAGACCAAGUGGAAGGCGGUCGCGAUCGUGAACGUUGCCCUCCUCGUGCUCCUCAUCGUCGUCUACACGCUCGGGUGCUGCGCCCUGCGCGGCAACGGCGGCAGCCGGUACUCCAAACGCUGCGGUGCUGACGAAACCUGA